AUGCAGAAAAAAGAAAAAGAAGAUGAAGGACAACAAAGAGAAGCAGAGGAAGCAGAAGACCAAGGAAAACCUGAUAAUGCUGAUCAAACUCCAGAAUUAAAAGAGGAUGGAAAGAAGAAAAUGUUUGAGAAUGAAGCUGGAAAUGAACCUCUUGCAAUUCAAGACCUCUUGGUGAAGUCCAUGACAGACGAAAUCAACUGUCGCCAACGUCAAGAUCCUACCUUCAUUUGCCCCGAAAGAUUACAACUGUGGAAGGAUGAAAUAAAUGAAGACAGUGAGAAGAAAAUGAAGGAAUUGUGGGAUAUAUUUAUCCAAGGAGAAAAGAGAUCAAAGGAGUUGGAAGCGAAGUUGGCAACAUACGUAGAGAAAUUAGAUAAUGAAGAAUAUUUGACUGCCACCAUGACAGUGGAAUCUACAGUUCAGCUUCAGGAAAUACAAAAUCUAAAAAGGAGGAUUGUAGAAUUGGAAGGCAAGGAAACUCGUAUAGACAUGGAGAAGAUUGCCAAGAAAAAGGAGAUUGAAGAAAAGUACAAGAAAGAAGAAGAGAAGAAGCAAGAUGCUCCAAAACCUGAUGUUCCUUCAAGAGUACUAAGGCUGAAGAAUAGAGAAAGAAAGAGGCUUCAAGCAUCUUGCUAUGUGUACACAAAAAAUAAGAAACCAAAAAAGAAGGCAAAAAAGGAUGAUGAAGAACUACCACAAUUCAAGCUUAUCUCUUCCGAGGAGCAAUCAACACAAGAGGAUCCUCAAAAUCAGAAGUUAACACAAGAGGCAUCUCAGCCCGAUGCCACAAAUCCAAUUCCUGAUCCCCCAAAAGGAAGGAGCCUUCAUGAUUCAAUACCUGUAGGUAUGCAAGAAUCAAAUGAUGAAGAUGAAGGAAAAAAAAAGCCAACAAAGAAAAAACUAGGAUGGGGUCAAAAGAGGGUUUGGCAGAAAAUUCCAAAGGAGGACAGGGACAGAAUUCAAGAAUACUACUUAAGUACUCAACCUAGUGAUAGCUUUUGGGCAGGACUCGAUAAUGAGAAAGUGACAAACCAUGAUAUCAAAGAUAUUGUAUGGGACCUGGAACUGUCACAAAACGUUAUUGAGGCCUAUAUCCAAAUAGAGGAGGAGAAAAUAGGGCCCAUGCAGACAGAUAGUCCACAGUACAUGUCUACAUGGACUUGGGUUAAUAUUGUGGAAGGGUGACUAGAAUAUAUCAGAC